AUGAAGAAUCAAACAGCAUCCUCCUCCUCCUCGGGAAAGACGACCACCACAGCGAUGAGCACUGCAACCUCCAAUCAAGCCAAACGACAACAACCUCCUCCUCAGCAACCUCCCACAACGAAUGCCGCAGCGUUGAGCCAAUUGUUCAAACAGUUUGGCUAUUACUCAACGUGCAAUAGCCAUGCCGUGAGAGUUUUGCUACAAAAGCACGGAGCCAUCUCUGAUCAUCAAAUGGCACAGUUGCUGGGCAUGAUGGCCAUGUUCAAAACAGGCCUAAAUGCUCCCUCUCUUGAUCUGUUGGAACAAUUAGAGAAUGGGAUCGCCAAGAUGAAAGCAACAAUGGCAACUAGCUCAUCAUCAGAAAGUAGUGCAAAGAGUUCUAACAAUGGAGAGGAUGUGGCUACCGAUGAAAUGACAUGUUCAUCUUUGGAGGACAUGCCAGCUCCUACCACAUGGAAUUUGUCGAGUUUUGCUGAAGUAUUGAAGGAGAGAAAAUUGAAACUUAAAUGGAAAGAUAUCAUUCGAAGAUUGGAUUAUGACAAGUUGAAAAUUCAGAACGUGAAGAGUUUGGAAUUGAUUGUUAAGGUUCAUAAGGAGGUAGUGGGUGUCAAGAUGCCAAUUUCAUACUUCUUAAGUGAGAGAUGGAAUAAUCAGGAUGCUCAGCUACAAUUGGUGAGAUUGGCCUUAGAAGGAAGAACCUCUAAACAAUCUCCAUUGAAUGACCUCAUUGACUACAAUGUGAAAAAUGUGGAGAUCUUGAGUGAAUUCAUUUCUGAUCACUUGGUUCAAAAGUUGAGGGAAAUCAACUCGCCAGGUCAGCAUUGA